AUGGCGAACCAGACGCCGGCCGUUGUCAUGGACAACGGCACCGGUUUCUCCAAGCUUGGUUUCGCCGGUAACGACUCGCCCUCCUUCGUCUUUCCCACCGCGAUAGCUACAAAAGGCCCGGCCGCUGGCGGUGGCGGCACUGGCUCAGGACGCCCCGCCGUCGCCAACAAGCCCUCGUUCCUCACCGGAGGCGCCGGCGCCGGCGGCCAUCUGUCCGGCAAGCGCGGCACCGAGGACCUCGACUUCUUCAUCGGCGAUGAGGCCAUCACGGCCGCCGCCGGCCCCGGCUACGGCCUGCACUAUCCCAUCCGCCACGGCCAGAUCGAGAACUGGGACCACAUGGAGCGUUUCUGGUCCAACUCCAUCUUCAAGUACCUCCGAGUCGAGCCCGAAGACCACUACUUCCUGCUCACCGAGCCUCCGUUGAACCCGCCCGAGAACCGAGAGAACACGGCCGAGAUCUUCUUCGAGUCCUUCAACUGCGCCGGUCUGUACAUUGCCGUCCAGGCCGUCCUCGCGCUGGCCGCCUCGUGGACGUCGGCCAAGGUCUCGGACCGCUCCCUCACCGGUACCGUCAUCGACUCGGGCGACGGUGUCACCCACGUCAUCCCCGUCGCCGAGGGCUACGUCAUUGGCUCCUCGAUCAAGUCCAUCCCCAUCGCCGGUCGCGACAUCACCUACUUUGUCCAGUCGCUGCUGAGAGACCGCGGCGAGGCCGACAGCUCGUUGAAGACGGCCCAGGAGAUCAAGGAGGAGUACUGCUACGUCUGCCCCGACAUCGUCAAGGAGUUCUCGCGCUUCGACCGCGACCGCACCCGGUUCGCCAAGCACGUCGUCUCCCAGCCCGGCGGCCGCCAGGUCUCGGUCGACGUCGGCUACGAGCGCUUCCUGGCCCCCGAGAUCUUCUUCAACCCUGAGAUCUACUCGUCCGACUUCCUGACGCCACUGCCCGUCGUGGUCGACGGCGUGAUCCAGCAGAGUCCCAUUGAUGUGAGACGAGGACUCUACAAGAACAUUGUGCUCUCCGGCGGCAGCACCCUGUACAAGGACUUUGGCAGACGGCUACAGAGAGACAUCAAGCACCUGGUUGACGACAGAAUCCGGGCCAGCGAGGUCCGCAGCGGUGGCGCGAGGAGUGGUGGCUUGGAGGUUCAGGUCAUUACGCACAAGAGGCAACGUCACGGACCCUGGUUUGGUGGCAGCUUGCUGGGACAGACGCCCGAGUUCCGAUCAUAUUGCCAUACCAAGGCCGAGUAUCAAGAAUAUGGUCCAGGAAUUGUGAGGAGAUUCGCUUUGCUCGGUGGACCAGGUGGCUCAUAA